UGAAUAGCUUUGGCGUGCAAUGGAGCAAUACCGUUCCACAAGAAAUUGUAUUUUUAGAAGAAGAAAUGUCUUCUAUUCUUUAAACAGUUGCCGUCAUAUUCAGACGUCAACGAAACAUUCUUCGGACCUCAUCGUGAUAGGUGGUGGACUAAUAGGUCUCAGUAUUGCUUGGGAAGCAGCCAAACUAGGUGCAAAGAUUACUGUCGUUGUUGGAGACGGAAACGCCUCAGCGACUGUUGCAGCUGCUGGAAUGUUGGCACCUCAAGGAGAAAGGUUGGAGCAAAGUGCACUUUUGAAGUUAUGUGUUUCAAGUCGUAGCCUGUAUCCCGCCUUUGUAGAGGAAGUUGAGCGUACUAGUGGUAUGAGCACAGAUUUUAGCAGUAGUGGCUUCAUUUGCCCAUCCUUUGGAGAUGACGCUGUUUCCACGUGGAAACCACCUAUUCAAGGAGGUCAUCACCAAUGGCUAUCAAAGAAAGAGUUGCUCUUAUUUGAACCGCUUCUUAGUGAAGAAGUUGUGGGAGGUUGGUGGUUCCCAGAAGAUUGCCACAUCAAUAACAAGAAGUUGUAUGAAUCUUUGACAGUUGCAUGCAAGAGAAUCGGUGUUCAGUUUAUUUAUAGUUUCGUGGCUAACAUGAUUUAUUCCAACAAUAUGCUUUCCAAGCUUCAACUUUCGACAGGAGACGUAAUUGCAGGGGAGAGAUACGUAGUAGCAAAUGGCUGUUGGUUGCGUAAACUCAUACCACUUCCAGUUCAUCCACAAAAAGGACAGAUGAUUUCUUUGUGUAAUGAAAAUGGUCUGGUACCACUCCAACGAGUCAUUUAUGGUGAGGGAGGAUAUAUUGUUCCACGGAAGAAUGGAGAAAUUGUUCUUGGCGCAACAGUUGAAGAUAACUGCUUGGUUGAUUUCAAAACAAGUGCAGGUGGAAUAUAUACAGUUUUGGAAGAGACAUUUAAGCUGAUUCCUUCUUUAUCUCAGUUACCUUUGAGAGACACAUGGACUGGUUAUCGGCCAACAACACCGGAUUUAUUACCUAUCUUUGGUAAAUUGUGGUUUGAAAAUGUUUCGGUUUGUGCAGGGCAUCAUCGAAACGGCAUUUUGUUAGCACCGAUAAGUGGGAAGAUUGCCUCCAGAGUUGCGCUAGAUAUGAGUAUGGAUGAUAUAAUUUUAGAAAGCGAUAUUAUAAAUGCAUUCUCGGUGCAACGGUUUUCUCAUGCUAGCGCAAGUAACUGGAAUAAGAUACAGAACGUCGAAGAUUAUAAUGAUAUGGAUGAAAAGGGAGUUACUACAGAAGAAUUGAAAAGUCUGAGUUCAGAAUCUCAAAAAUUAUGGAAGGAUCUUUCAAAGAAACAGGAAAUAGAAGAUUCAUCAGAAGUUAAACUAUGGCAAGUAGGUGAAGAUGGACAAUUGAUCCCGAUUCACUACAGGCAGCCCCCUGCUGACCUAUUUAACACCAAAGGAUACGGAGACUUUACCGAUCAGAAUUUCGCAAUCUCUCAAACAGCCCAAUCCAACUCUAGCCACUUGAAUGGAGUUCUUUCUGAAGUUGAAAGGCAGUAUAGUUCAACAAAGGAUUCUGCAACGACCGAAUGGUCUCAGAGUACAGAUGCCUAUUUAGAUAUAUCAUCUGGAGUAGGUGAUGAUAAUUAUGAAAGAGAGUUUCGCAAGGCAAUUCUUGCCAACCUUCAUUUCCAAGCACCAGUUUCUGAACGGACUGAUCUUUCUCCAAGUUCAAGCCUGGACAAGUCUCUUACAAAUGAAACAUGUCAGUCGGAUCAAGAAGAAGAAAACGGAGUUGAAAAGGGACUUGAAGAUGAUUAUAAUCAAUGGCUUAAGCUUUAUGAAACUGUUGAUACUAAUCAGAAUAUUCCUUGUUAGUUGCAUAAGACGAAAACUUUUUUUGGUAGGAUGAGGGAAAUAUAUUGUUAUAUUUACGAAGGAAUAGGGACCUUUUGUCUAA